AUUCCUUAUCUCCAAAACCUAGCUUCGUCCGGAAACCUCGUUCCUCUACGAAUUUCCAAUAGUGCCCCUGUCACACCACCGCUCUCUUCUCCUAGAGGAUCAACUCCGAGACUCCCGAGAUGGCAAAGCAGUAAUUUUCCACUCUCAGCUCCGUCAAGCCCAACACGGCGUCUCCACCACUACACAUCGAUUCCAGAAUGCGACGAAUCUGAUGUCUCCACGGUUGAUUCGUGUCGAUGGGGAAACUUCCAACCGGUUAACGUUUCUCAGACAUGUCCUCCGUCGCCGACAUUUAACCUCGUUGUCGGAGAUGUGUCGGUGAAGCCGUGGGAAGGUGAGAAGAUUCACGAUGUUGGUAUCGAUGACUUGGCGCUGACGUUAGGUCACAACACCAAAGGACGCGGCUAAAACUAAAAGUUGAAAAGGGUAACAUCGUUAUUUAACUAUUAUUAGGCAGGUUUGGUCCGGUUCGGGUAUUGGUUUCUGGUUUACCCGUAGCUAAUACAGAUUGGUCGUGGUCUUCAUGACUAAUGUACAGUCUUUAUCAAUGCUUCUUCAUCUCGCAAAUCUAAUAUAUGUAUUAUUUUGUAAUGGUGUGAAAAGAUGCAAGUGUGUGAAAGUGAGAGGGACCAUUCCCAUGUGGGUGAUGGGGUCAUGUGAAUGUGAUUUUUAUCUAUCUCUCUCUCUCUCUAACCACGCGUGACUGUCCAAAUUCAAUGUGCCUAUCUAUCAUUCAUCACACACCAAUGUUUUUUUUUUUUUUAGUGUUUAUCUUUAAGAAAUUGAAUGGGAAACAAAAAACUAGCUGGUAUGAAUCUACUGUUGCAUGACUUGAGUUUGUUGUUGGUCAGACUCUGUUUUUGCCAAAAACAUGACAAGUUGGUUCGUUCAUGUGUUCUGUCUCUAAGGAUACGGUAUCAAAUCAUAUCUCCUACACUAUCACGUCAUAUCUCUUAAAUAUGUAAAGUGUAUAUUUGUAAUAAUAUGUAUACCCUAGCUCCUCACUUAUAUAUAUACUCUUAUUACUACUCAAGAAGAAUUAUUACAUUCUCUAUCUCUAUAUGAUAUCAAAGCUUCGCUUCUAGACCUAAAACUUUCUUCCUUCCCAUUCUCGCCGUUUUCUUCUUUCUUCUUCUUCUCUCCUUUUUCCACCAUGUCUUCUAAUGGUAUGACUGAACCUCAAGUAGCUUCGGCCACUGAUGUUGUUCCUCUUACCACCUCUUCUCUUCUUCACAUCAACAUGACGAAUGUCACGAAACUUACCUCCACUAAUUACCUUAUGUGGAGCCGCCAAGUUUAUGCCCUCCUUGAUGGCUACAAUCUUGGCCACUUUCUUGAUGUUGAGGUCGAUAAGCCGGAUCCCACGGUCACGACUGCCGGAUCCACUGUUCCCAAUCCUGCUUUUGCUGUGUGGACGCGCCAAGACAAACUCAUUUACAGUGCUCUCCUUGGUGCCAUCUCUCUUGCUGUGCAACCUCUCCUCUCUCUUGCCUCCACAUCUGCAGACCUAUGGACAACCCUGCGCUCUACCUACGCCAAACCUAGCUGUGGUCACAUUCUGCAAUUGAAACAUCAAAUAACCGAAUGGAGAACGGGAAAUCGUACUAUUGACGAAUAUGUCCAAGGGUUAACGAUGCGGUUCGAUCAGCUUGCUCUGCUUGGGAAACCUGAGGAUCAUGAGGACCAGAUCCGCUUUAUUCCCAAAGGUCUUCCUGAAGACUACAAGACCAUUGUUGAUCAAACUGAAGGCCGUGAUGUGGCACCCUCGAUUCCGGAACUUCACAAAAAACUUCUCAAUCGUGAAGCUACUCUUCUUACAUCGAGUAAUGUUGUUCUGUUCCCAUUACUGCAAACUAUGUCAACAACCAUCAGCGCUCCAAGCCUUCCCAUUCACGGCAACAUAACCAUAACCAAAGCUGGUCUUCUAACACCAACAGUGGCCAACACCGUGGCUCCAACCCUUACCUUGGCAAAUGUCAGAUUUGCGGUACUCAAGGUCAUUCCGCUAGGCGUUGUCCUCAGUUUCAGUCCUCACUGGCUCAACGACCACUUUUUCCCACUCCUCGUGCCAACAUUGCGCAGUCCUCUACUCCUUGGUUCAUGGACUCUGGUGCAACGCACCAUAUUACGUCCGACUUAGCCAAUCUCUCCCUUCAUCAACCUUACACUGGCGGUGAAAAAGUCCUUGUUCGUGAUGCAACCGGUCUCCCCAUUCUUCACACGGGGAUCUCAGCUCGGGGGCCCGGUUGCUCAUAGGACGGACUAUGGAUGAACUCUGCGAGUGGCCAAUCCCAUCGACAGUCGCAGCUGCUUAUUUUGCUACACCAACAGUAAAAGCGUCUGUUUCAGAUUGGCACUCGAGACUUGGCCACCCCUCUCUUCCUAUUUUAAAAACUGUUAUUUCAAACUUUUCUCUCCCUCUCUCCGACUCUGCUUCAAAAACUUUUGCUUGUCUUGAUUGUCACUCCAAUAAAAGUCACAAGUUGGCGUUUGCUCAAACUAUUAUUUUUUCUUCUCUUCUCUUGGAGUAUCUGUUUAUGGAUCUCUGGACCUCUCCCAUAAUUUAUGUCGAUAACUUCAAACAUUACCUCAUCAUUUUGGAUCACUUCACUCGAUACACUUGGUUUUACCCUCUCAAACUAAAAUCCGAUGUCAAAACCACUUUCAUUCGUUUCAAAGCCUUAGUCGAAAAUCGUUUCAACACUAG